AUGACAGUAGGAAACCAGACACUGGUGACUGAGUUUGUCCUCGCAGGACUCACAGAUCAUCCCAGGAUGCAAGUUCCGCUCUUCCUGGUGUUCCUCAUCAUCUACUUUGUCACCAUGGUGGGCAACCUUGGACUGAUUGCUCUCAUCUGGAAGGACACUCAUCUUCAUACUCCCAUGUACUUAUUCCUGGGAAGUUUAGCUUUUGCUGAUGCCUGUGCAUCAUCCUCUGUGACCCCCAAGAUGCUUGUCAAUUUUUUAUCUAAGGAUCAUAAAACACUCUUGGCUGAGUGCUUCACCCAGUUUUAUGUCUUUGGCUCCAGCGCAACCACAGAAUGUUUCCUUCUGUCGGUGAUGGCCUAUGACCGCUAUGUGGCCAUAUGCAACCCUUUGCUUUAUCCAGUGGUGAUGUCCAAUGGCCUCUGUAUGCAGUUUAUCUAUGUUUCCUAUAUUGUUGGUUUUCUGCAUUCAGCAAUUCAUGUGGGUUUGUUAGUGAGACUGAAUUUCUGCAAAUCCAACAUCAUACAUUAUUUCUACUGUGAAAUUUUGCAGUUAUUCAAAAUUUCCUGCACUGAUCCUACAGUGAAUCUUCUCCUGGUUUUAAUAUUUUCAGCUUUUAUACAAGGUUUUACUUUUAUGACUAUUAUCAUCUCAUACUUCUAUGUCCUUUUCGCCAUCUUGAAAACGAAGACGGAGAAAGGCAGAAGCAAAGCCUUCUCCACCUGCAGUGCCCACCUGCUCUCUGUGUCUUUGUUCUAUGGCACCCUCUUCCUCAUGUAUGUGCGCCCUGGGUCAGGGUCAGGGUCAGGUGAAAAUAAUGACAAAAUGUAUUCUUUAUUUUACACAAUAAUAAUCCCCUUUCUAAAUCCCUUUAUAUACAGUCUGAGGAACAAGGAAGUAAUAGCUGCCUUGAGAAGAAAAAUGAAGAAAUAA